ACGGCGGAGUGGGUACCGGGCUGCGAGGGGUGUCCCAAGUCCUAGCGGGUUUGGACUGGCGCGCCCGGCUCUGCCCGUAAGUGCGCGUUUCCGACUUACUGCUGGGUGCGCGGGGCUGGGGGUGUGAGGACCACCCCUGAAGUCUCUUCCCGGGCGACCUCCGGCGCCUCAUUCUAGGCCUCCUGGAAGGGAAGAAUCUAAAUUAGGAAAAGGAAGUACCCUUAGCCAGGACCAAGCUCUUCCACCUGCGGAGCUCGCUUAGUCUGCACCUCAACCGUGCAGAAAUUGACUCCCUGUUUACUGAGGAAAAACUGGGGUUCAGAAAGGUGAAGUCAUUUGCUAUGGGCCUUGCAGCUGGAAAGUGACAGAUCUGGAUUCAAAGCGAGUUCUGGCUGGCGCCAGAGUCCUUGUCCUUUACAGCACUGGUUCUCAAGCUCUGUGUGCAUUAAGAAUGCCUGGGUUGAGGGUGGCGUUAGGUAACAAAUUCUGGGACUCUUCAAAUUGAGUAGGUCUGGGAUGGAGCUCUGGAAUCUGUAUUUUCGACAAUUGUUCCCUGGCAAAUAGCAUAUGGCUCCCCAGUGAACAGAGCAAGAAGAUACCAUGGAGUAGUUUGAAGCAGAAACAAAAUCUUCCAAAAGCUUGGAGCAGAAGCCUUUUUGGUCAACAUGGAGGAAAAAAGACGGCGAGCUCGAGUUCAGGGAGCCUGGGCUGCCCCUGCUAAGAGCCAGGCCGUUGCUCAGCCAGCUACCACUGCUAAGAGCCAUCUCUACCAGAAGCCUGGCCAGACCUGGAAGAACAAAGAGCAUCAUCUCUCUGACAGAGAGUUUGUGUUCAAAGAACCUCAGCAGGUAGUACGUAGAGCUCCCGAGCCACGAGUGAUUGACAGAGAGGGUGUGUAUGAAAUCAGCCUGUCACCCACAGGUGUAUCUAGGGUCUGUUUGUAUCCUGGCUUUGUUGACGUAAAAGAAGCUGACUGGAUAUUGGAACAGCUUUGUCAAGAUGUUCCCUGGAAACAGAGGACCGGCAUCAGAGAGGAUAUAACUUAUCAGCAACCAAGACUUACAGCAUGGUAUGGAGAACUUCCUUACACUUAUUCAAGAAUCACUAUGGAACCAAAUCCUCACUGGCAUCCUGUGCUGUGCACACUAAAGAACCGCAUUGAAGAGAACACUGGCCACACCUUCAACUCCUUACUCUGCAAUCUUUACCGCAAUGAGAAGGACAGUGUGGACUGGCACAGUGAUGAUGAACCCUCACUAGGGAGGUGCCCUACUAUUGCUUCACUCAGUUUUGGUGCCACACGCAUAUUUGAGAUGAGAAAGAAGCCACCACCAGAAGAGAAUGGAGACUACACAUAUGUGGAAAGAGUGAAGAUACCCUUGGAUCACGGGACCUUGUUAAUCAUGGAAGGAGCGACACAAGCUGACUGGCAGCAUCGAGUGCCCAAAGAAUACCACUCUAGAGAACCAAGAGUGAACCUAACCUUUCGGACAGUCUAUCCAGACCCUCGAAGGGCGCCCUGGUGACAUCAGAGCUUUGAGAGAGAAGCUUCACUGAAACGGAGCAAACCUUCCACUGAGAAGCGACUUCAAGAGGCUGGUGCUGCUAGAUCUCAUGAUGUGGCUGUUGGGAAGAUGGUGGGGUUUGUUUCCCAGCUUGGAGUCCUAUUAAAUGAGAGCCAGCAACUCAUGUUGGUAAUAGGUCUACUGUGGGAACAGUUAUCCCGAAUCACAGCUCAAAAUCGCUAUCAUCUUUAGGCAAAUUAAAAUCUAUGUGGCAGCGCUCAUGGAUGAUUUUGUUCGUAAGCAGUUUUCCUCCUACCCUCCCCCUCCCCCCGCACCCCACCUUCAUUUGAAGAAAUAUGAAUGGACUUGUGCUUCUGGGGAAAAUUUCCACGUGUUUGUUCCUUGUGACUUCAGUGAAGUGGAGAUAUAAAUAUGCGUCAGGGACUCUGGAGCCUUCCGUAGGCAGACAGCUGCUGAAACCCAAACAGAGGUGGUUUCAUCUUGGCUUGCAUACUGUUGUAAUGGAAAGCUACAUAUCCAGGGAACACUGUAACCGAGUCUUCCUGCGACACACUCAGACAGUUACAGGCCUCCAAAGAAAGAGUGGUGGCAGUAUGCUCUCGUCUAGCCACUUUCAAGCAGUCACCUGUAAUACAAGAGAAAACUGUCCCCUUAAAGGGAGGAAUCACUGAGUGAUGUCACAGGAAAUAGCAGGCUGAAAUCGAGGCUGAAGAACAGCAGAAACCCUACUCAUGACAGCUGUUCCACAUAGAUUAUUUUCCCCUAGGGAAUCACUUGAGUCAUCUAGACCCAAGUCAGAUAGAAGUGGGAGCAGCCCUGCAGGGAAUACACUCAAUUGCCUGAUAGUUCUCUUCACCUUGUGUUUCCGUAGCCCUAUGACUAACGCUCUCUUCUGACUCAAUGUUUUCUUACAUACAAGGUCCCAAGGUACAAAGGUUAGUCUGUGAUGUCACUGAGGUUCCCAAAACAAAACAGAGUGACUGCCCAUUAUUGCAUCAUAAAACCACGUGUCAUCUUGACCUCUUGACUCAGGAGCUGUGUACCAGAUUAAUUCCAAACCAAGAUACAGAAAACCUGAGAGAAAGGAAAUGAAU